CACCAUUUUGAGGGACAAAAAUUAAAGACCACCCCCAGCGAAGGGGGAUUGCCCAAAGAGAAACAGUUCCUACUAAAAAUUACUCUAUUCCCAAGUCAGAACCCAAACUUAAGAAAAGUUUUGCCUACUUUUAAGUCUCUUUCUCCGUCCAUUCUUCAAGGUGUUGUUAAUCAGAGUAGAUUACGUGCAACCCAAGCUACAUCUUCUUACGAGAAAAGUUUCCUACAGAAAACAGAAAUGGGUGAAUCUGCUGCAAUCCAGGGAAUGGUGCAAGAAGAACAUUUAGUGGAUACAGAGGAAGACAAUGGUGAUGAAAAUUCAAGGGCACUGUUUCUUAAAGAGCUGAAUCUUGUUUUAAUUCUCUCAUUUCUUUCAUUAUCAUCUGAAGAACUUGAUUUUGAGGCAAAGGAGAUUAACGAAAAUGUCAAAGUUCAGCAACAACAAAAAGUUGUUUCUCAUCUACGUUGCAGAAAACGGGGUAUCAAUAAAUACAAUACUGUUGAACCAGAAAUACAGAGGUCCUCAACCAAGUUUAGAGAUUGCAGGCAUUGCAGAAGAAUGUGAAAGAAAUCAACAUCAAGCAAAGCUAGCAACAAGAGAUACCAAAAGAAGGUUACCAGCAAGGCCAUAAAAGCUACCUUCAUAGUAUGUUAUUUGCGUUAAAAGAUGAGCGGGAGAGAGAGAGAAAGAAAACAUGCAUGUAAAAGAGUAGUACUAGAAAUAGAACUGAUACUUCUCAUAUUUGCAAAUGCCAACUCUGUUUUUUCUUUUGCUUCUGGUAUCGAAAGACAUUGAUUCAACUAAUCAAAAUUUAUCUGGUAAAGUGCUUAUUUAGAGGUUCUCCAUGCUCGUGCUCGAACUCAUUGGUUUUCAUCCAUUACACAUACUGAACGCCAACCUACUACGCAAGGCAGCAAAAUAUAUAGUCCCCCAGCCGAUAAAGCAGCUCAAUAGACAGCAUACAUCAAGCAACCAAUUUUUUUUUUUUUUUUUUUUUUUUAAAAUAAACAAUUUACGUCAGAAAUCAGCAUGUCAAUUAGUGGCACUACAAAAAUUAUAUCUGAUCAUGAGAGUGAGUACCCUUCAUACUUAAACCGUUCAACUUCACCCCCCCC